CCCUCUCUCUCUCUCUUUGUUCCUUCUUUAUCGGCGACGGAGAUCGGAAAAGCUGGAGGCGAAGGCAGAGGUGGAGCUUACGGCGACGGCGCAAUCCACUUCGAUUAUCGUUCCAUAGGCCCUGGAGUUCUUCCAUUUUGCGGAAUUACUUUUUCUAUCUAAUUCCAGGUUUCCUGGAGGAUUAAGCAAAAGGAGGGAUCUUCUCGUUCUAGUGUGUCUAAAUUUGUUGUUGCAAAUCGCAUGAUUCCGUAAGGGCAUCAUCAUUCAUGCUUCUGCCACAGGAAGGAAGAUUUCACGCCGUCAAAGCCUCAUCCGCUUAACUCUAGCACUUCUUUUUAACUACCUAUAGUUUCCAUAGCUGUCAUACAUCGAUGAUGAGAUCGUUUGGUCGAGCUCUUGGGCAAGUUCAUGGUUUAUCCCGACUUCUUCGGAGAGAGAUUUUGCACGCAGGAAUUGGAAAAAAUGGGAAAUUGUUGGUUAUUUGUAAUCCUGUUGCUGAGUUGAGGAGGGUUUCUUGCAGCAGAGAAAUGAAUAGUUUGGACCACAGUAUGAUGCUUUCCAAGCUUAUGUCAACCACAGCAUACGACUCUGGAGUGAUUCCAGAUACUGGAGGAGCUGGCCCUUUGCUGGAGUAUGAAAGACGAAUUGCCUCAGGGGAACUUGUUGAUGGAGACAGUUUUCAGGUGGACACAGUUCUAGCACUGCAAAGACUCUAUGGUGAGCUUGUUGAUCACGAAGAAAGUUGUCAGUUGGAUAGAUAUACUGCAUCUAGGAAAUCGACUAGGAGUAGGUGGUUGUGGUCCCGUUUCAUUCCAAAUUCUUCUUAUUCGCCGGUCAGAGGUCUAUACAUGUAUGGAGGGGUAGGCACGGGAAAAACAAUGCUUAUGGACUUGUUUUAUGAUCAACUGCCAUCUAAUUGGAGAAAAAAGCGGAUUCAUUUCCAUGAUUUUAUGUUAAAUGUACAUAGCCGCUUGCAGAUGCACAAAGGAGUAGCAGAUCCACUAGAGGUUGUUGCAGGAGAGAUAUCAGACGAUUCGAUUCUAUUAUGUCUUGAUGAAUUUAUGGUAACUGAUGUGGCUGAUGCUCUUAUACUAAAUCGACUUUUUCGACAUUUGUUCAACAAAGGAACUGUUCUCGUCUCUACUUCAAAUCGUGCUCCAGAUCGCCUGUAUGAAGGUGGUUUGCAGAGGGAUCUUUUUUUACCAUUUAUUGAAACAUUGAAGGAAAGGUGUGUUGAUCACGCUAUUGGUUCCUCAACAGACUACCGGAAAUUGGGUUCUGCUGAGACAGGCUUCUAUUUUAUCGGAAAGGGGUACCCUGGUCUUCUCAAACAGAAGUUCCAUCAUUUGAUUGGAAAUGAGAUACCAGGGCCCCAAGUCGUGGAAGUUGUAAUGGGCAGAAAAUUGCAGGUCCCAUUAGGCGCUAAUGGAUGUGCACACUUUCCAUUUGAAGACCUAUGCGAUAGACCUUUAGGGGCAGCAGACUACUUUGGUCUAUUCAAAAAUUUCCAUACACUUGCUCUGGAAGGUGUACCAAAAUUUGGGAUCCACAACAGGACAGCAGCAUACCGCUUUGUCACGCUGGUUGAUGUGAUGUAUGAAAACAAGGCUAGACUACUAUGCACAGCCGAAGCAGAUCCAGUUGAACUAUUUGAAAGCAUUGUGACCAUCAGCGACGCGCAGAAGAUCUCCCCAAGAACAUCUUCACGGUCGCUGAAGAAAGAUGAUCUAGACCUCUGUGUCGACAACGAGCUAGGAUUCGCGAAGGACCGCACCAUUAGUAGAUUGACAGAGAUGAACAGCAAGGAGUAUUUAGAGCAACAUGAUGCCAAGUUGCAGGAGAAGGCCUCUCAAGAAAUGCAACUGAACGCCUCCAUUGGACAUUGAUGUUGUCUAUAAAUUCAGCAUUAAAUGGGAGAUAAAAUAAAUGUCAUUUGAGUGGAUCAGAAAACUAGAAUCCCUCCUAAAAAAGGAAAAAUAAGAGGAAAAGCAUAGCCUUAAACCUUGUUCAUUGAGGCUGGAAAAUUGAGAGUAAUGUUGUUUUAGUGGAUGAUAAAAUAAUUUACAAGUUUUUCUGUGUU